GAAAGAAAACCGUGUCUGGAGUCUGGAGGCUUCUUCGACACUGAUCUUAAGAAGUUCUAACCUCUUUCUCCAAAUAAUAAUAAAAAAAAAUCACAACUCAAAGCUCUGGGCGGAUUUUCAAGUUUGAACUCGUACCAAUGUCAAAGAAAAGAGGUCUUUCGCUGGAAGAGAAGCGUGAGAAAAUUCUUCAGAUAUUUUACGAUUCUCAAGACUUCUAUCUUCUUAAGGAACUUGAGAAACUGGGACCAAAGAAAGGUGUAAUAACCCAGUCCGUGAAAGAUGUUCUCCAAAGUCUAGUGGACGAUGAUCUUGUUUCAAAGGACAAGAUAGGAACCUCUGUUUAUUUUUGGAGUCUGCCUAGCUGUGCAGGGAAUCAGCUGAGAAAUGUAACUCGGAAACUUGAAUCCGAUCUUCAUAGCAGUAAGAAGCGGUUUGCUGAACUUUCUGAGCAGUGUGAGUCUCUAAAGAAGGGGCGAGAGGCAUCUGAUGAAAGAGAGGAGGCUUUACACGAGUUAAAAUCCAUUCAGCAAAAGCAUACCGAGCUGAAGGAGGAAAUGGAACAAUAUGCAGACAAUGAUCCGGCUGCCUUGGAAGCAAUGAGGAAUGCCAUUGAAGUAGCCCAUGCAGCAGCUAAUAGGUGGACAGACAACAUCUUCACAGUGCGGCAGUGGGUCUCAAACAAUUUCCCUCAGGCCAAAGAGGAGCUUGAUAACUUGUACAAGGAGAUAGGAAUAACCGACGACUUUGACUACUUUGAGUUGUCACCAAUGCCAGUCAGCUCUGUGACCGAUUAGAGGCUUGAAGGGCAAUACAGGUCAUGCUUUAGCUGAUCAGAUGCAACUCUCGUACAUAUGAAGACUAAGUAAUGCCAAUUGUGAUGCAGUUUUGUUUUUACCAAGAGUUGUUGGCAGCCCCUCACACUUUUAAGACAACCUGUUUGUAAUACCUGCUUUGGAUUUGCAUAUAUUCGUUUCAGCUGUAGAAUAAUGCGACAUAAAGUGGUAGCUGAAUAUAUUUGAUGUUUAAAUGAAAUCAAAACCAGGUUCACUCCAAA